CAUGUGGUAGUCCAAAAACCAGGGUUCCCUCGAAAUUGCCUCCUCUUUUUCUUCUUCACUGAAGGGUUUGUUUGAGAGAGAGAGAGAGAGAGAGAGAGAGAGAGAUUUGAGAAAAAUGGAGAGCGGAGCGGUCUUCGCGGGGCUUCAACCAAACCACAAUUACCUUUUGUCUCCUUCACGCAACGCUGUCGGGCUUCUUCUUCCUCCGAGUUUCAUCGACAAGAAACAGUUUUGCCCUCUGUCCCUCAGGGGCAUACCAGUGCACUUCCAAAGGCAGUCCCUUGUUAUGGCUUCUUCUUUUAGAAACCAAAACAAUACUGUUGAAGUUGUCCCCCCCACAACCACCACAAGUGGUGUAUCAUAUGAACUAGCUGACAUAGACUGGGACAGCCUUGGAUUUGCAUUUAUGCCUACUGAUUAUAUGUAUAUCAUGAAAUGUUCACGGGGACAAAACUUUAGUGAAGGAAAGUUGCAACGUUUUGGAAACAUUGAGUUGAGCCCGUCUGCUGGAGUCUUAAAUUACGGGCAGGGAUUAUUUGAAGGUUUGAAAGCCUACAGGAAACAAGAUGGUAAUAUUUUAUUGUUUCGUCCCGAGGAAAAUGCAUUGCGGUUAACUAUGGGUGCAGAGCGCAUGUGCAUGCCUUCACCAACAGUUGAGCAGUUUGUGGAUGCUGUAAAGGCCACUGUUUUAGCAAAUAAACGAUGGAUUCCCCCUCCUGGUAAAGGUUCCUUAUAUAUAAGGCCAUUGCUUAUGGGGAGUGGAGCUGUUCUUGGUCUUGCACCAUCUCCUGAGUACACCUUUCUGAUUUAUGUUUCGCCUGUUGGAAACUAUUUCAAGGAAGGUCUUGCACCAAUAAAUUUGGUUGUUGAGACUGAAGUGCAUCGAGCAACCCCUGGUGGUACCGGAGGUGUAAAGACUAUAGGAAACUAUGCUUCGGUAUUAAAGGCUCAAACUGUUGCAAAAGCCAAAGGUUAUACAGACGUUCUGUACCUUGAUUGUGUUCACAAGAGAUAUCUGGAAGAGGUUUCCUCUUGUAAUGUUUUUGUUGUUAAGGGUAAUGUCAUCUCUACCCCUACUAUAAAAGGGACCAUCCUACCUGGCAUUACACGAAAGAGUAUAAUUGACGUUGCUCGAAGCCAAGGAUUCCAGGUUGAGGAACGGCUUGUAACAGUGGAUGAAUUACUUGAUGCUGAUGAAGUUUUUUGUACGGGAACAGCUGUUGUUAUAUCACCGGUGGGCAGCAUAACUUAUCUUGGUAAAAGGAUAUCUUAUGGAAACAACGGAGUUGGUGUUGUGUCAGAGCAACUAUAUUCUGCACUUACUGGGUUACAGAUGGGGCUUACAGAGGACAAGAUGGAUUGGACUGUUGAGCUGAAGUAGGCUUUGUGGAAUUGUUUUUUGAUUUUGUUUGUUUGCUUGUUUUUGUUUUGUUUUUGUUUUUUUUUUUUCCCUUUUUUUUUGGUUUUUGAGUAAUUCAAUAUGCCAAGUGUUGUGUACAUCUCUUUCCAUGGUGUAGAUUAUCUGUUUAAUGUUGUGUUCUUUCCCAGAAUGAAGACAGUCUGUUUAUUUUCCAUUUUUACAUUCUUCUUUUAUGUACCCUA